AUGAAAUCAGCUUGGUCUGCAACGACUCUCUCUACCUUUGUCGGACUCGAUGAUAUCGACGAGGACUACUCUAAAGACAUUCAGCAAGCAUUCGCUGAUCAUGCGAAGCUCUGCUCAGAAGUUUACCUUCCUCCGCGCUGCCCGCUCCGCGAACUCCAGCCUCGAGUCAUGUUUCGCUCGAGAAAGACAAAGACGUACGGGGAAUACCAUGUAUACGGCGAUACCAUGCACAUCGUUUUCCGUGGCUCAGUGUCGGCGAGAGCAUGGUUGACAAAUUCGAAAGUGCCUCUUACACCGUACGUUCUCAACAGCCAUGUGAAGGUUCAUGCUGGCUUCAAUGCGAUUGUGGAGGAUUUGAUGAACGAAACUGGUCCUCAAGGCUUGACCUCAUCAGUAAAGGACUUCUUGGAGAACUGCAGAAGAUAUACGAACCGUCAACCCAAAGUGAUCGUUCAUGGUCACAGUCUUGGCGGAGCCAUUGCCGUCCUGGCAGCGCCGUAUGUCCUCAAACUCGUUCAUGCUGCGAAGCAGUCAGCGAAGUUGAUACCAUUUCCUGAAGAUCAGGUGGCACAGGUCAGUUGGUAUCGUUCGUCAUCUACACCGCAUCCGAUUCGCGUGUACACGUGUGGCACACCACGCGUCGGUGACGAUGCCUUCACGGCAUGGUACACCGCCCUCUCCAUCCCCACAGUCCGCUACACCUUCGGCACAGAUCUUCUGGUAUCCCUUCCUCCCCGCUGGCUGGGUUACAAGAGUCAUGUCGGCAUUGAGGUACACCUGACGAAGGACCAGAGGGGACAGCUUAUCUUCACUGACUGCAAUCAGUUGCACGCAAGGGCGUGGGAUGUCGCGAACAGAAUUAAGCACCAUCAGGCGUAUUUGACGGGACCGAUGUCGAGCGUGAAGAUGGCAGUGCUCAUGAACUUCCGUCGAUCGCCGUCACGGGAACAACUGAGGAGUUCACAAUUGUGGGAGAAUGUUUAUGGUGAGGGCGAACCUAUCGUAUAUGAGGUGGCAAGAAAGGAAGUGGAGGUGGUCGAGAAGAACAAACGCCAUGCCUGGUAUAUUGCGGCAAAAGAGGAGCCAGUAGAAGAGACCUCCGUUCCUGGUCUGGGUACGGACGACGUCGACUUAAUAUAUUACCUAUAA